CUCCCAGCUCGUCUUCUUUCUCUUUCCCAAAUUGAUCAGCUCCGCUUCUCAGUGAACACUCCCUCUCUGUUCCGAUUGACCGACCAGAGAGUCAAACGCUUCCAUUGUUGCCGACACUGCAACGGGAGAUUCAGAUUUUCUGAAUCACAGAACCUCUGAUUUUGCUUCUAGGGUUUCUCAUUCCUGCGGUCGAAGCACAAUCUGGGGUCGACAUUGAUGGUAUGGAGAUAGAUUCUACACCUGUAGAAGAGGAACCGGCUGCAUUAUCAAGUGGGGAAACAGUAAAUGGCAGUAAUCUUGAUAGCCAUGAAUCUAAAGAAUCUUCACUUGAUACUGAGGAACCCGUCCCCAAAGUUGGGAUGGUGUUCAAUACAGAGGAAGAAAUUUGUGAUUACUUCAAGAGAUACGCAUAUCAACAAGGAUUUGGGGUUCGAAAAGUCAGCACAAAAAGUGACACGGACAGGCAGGCAAGAUACUACUCGUUAGCUUGUAGUAGAGGAGGCAAAAAUCUGUCAACUGCAAAGAAUUAUUUGACCGCAAGGCCCUCAAUCAAAACUGACUGUAAGGCCAAGAUCAAUGUAAUUGUGAGUAGUGAUGGAGGAUGCACGAUAUCCCGUGUUUUUUUGGAGCACAAUCAUGCUUUGAGCCCAAAAAAUUCGAAAUUUCAGAGGUCUCACUGGAAGAGAGGGAAUUAUUCUAAGAGAAGGCUUGAGCUGAAUGACCGAGCAAGCGUUCCUUUGAACAAAAAUCUUCAUUCUCCGGUAAUUGGAAUCGCGGGUUAUGUGAAUUCUUUGUUUGGUGACAAGGAUUCCAGGCAAUAUGUUGCAAAGGUGGGACAGUUCAAACUUGGGAUUGGGGAUGCAGAGGCACUUCGUGAUUACUUUGUUCGUAUGCAAAGAAGAAACUCCAAUUUCUUCUACGUGAUUGAUAUGGACAGUGAGGGCCGUUUGAGGAAUGCUUUUUGGGCGGAUUCAAGGUCCAAGGCGACUUAUGAAUAUUUUGGGGAUGUGGUAUCAUUUGACACUACCUAUGUAACCAGCAAAUACAAUGUGCCCUUGGCGUCUUUUGUUGGAGUGAAUCAUCAUGGGCAAUCUGUGUUGUUCGGAAGUGCAUUGCUCUCAAGGGAGGAUGUAGAUACUUAUGUUUGGUUAUUCAGGUCGUGGAUGGAGUUCAUGGGCGGCCGGUCUCCAAAUGUGGUAAUUACAGAUCAGUGUAGGCUUAUUCAAAUUGCAAUUGCGGAAGUUCUCCCGCAGUCACAUCAUUGUUUUGGCCUUUGGUACAUCAUGAGAAAGCUUCCCGAAAAGUUGGGAGGGUUUCCCCAAUAUGAAGAAGUAAGAAUGGCCUUUGACAGUAUUCUGAAUGAGUCCAUGGAGCCUGGAGAGUUUGAUGAGAAGUGGUCGAGAAUGAUCGAAUAUUAUAAUCUUCAAGGAAAUGAAUGGUUGAGUUCCUUAUUCGGGGAUCGCCGUCACUGGGCCCCAGUGUACGUGAAGAGUAUAUUUUGGGCGGGAAAUCAAAUCAUGAAUUCCUUCUUUGAUGAUUACGUUAACUCGAAGACAUCUUUGAAGCAAUUCGUGGAGCUUUAUGACAGCGCAAUGAAAAGCAAGAUCGAGAAGGAAAAUAAGGCAGAUUAUGAUUCUUAUUCGUCAAACUACAAGCUGAUCACUGAUUGUCACUUUGAGAAGCAAUUUCAGGAGGCUUACACCAACAGUAUUUUCAAACUGUUCCAAGAUGAGUUAAAAGGAAUGCUUUAUUGCAAUUCCGUGAUGUCGAAAGCAGAAGGUGCAAUAUCUGAGUUUGAUGUCUCUGACAUACUAAGAGGAAAAGACGGAAAUUCGAAGAGGAAAGUCGUGUAUUUUGUGCGCUACAAUGAAGCUGCAUGCGACAUAAAAUGCUCAUGCAGCCUAUUCGAGUCUAGAGGGCUUGUUUGUAGACAUAUUGCGAAGAUUUUGAUCGAGAAGGAUGUAAGAGAAAUCCCAUCCCGUUAUAUUCUAACUCGGUGGAGGAAAGAUAUCAAGCGGCGGCACUCCCAUGUGACUAGUUGUUACGAGGACCGGGAUUUGAGUCAGCAGAGUAUGAGACUAGAUAAGCUGCGCGCAAGCUUCUCUGAGGCUGCAGAGGUUGCCAUCAACUCCCAAGAGAAGUACGACUUCUUAUUGAAGUACAUUGAAGAGGCAAAGAGAAAGCUCAUGGAUGCCUCAGGGUGAAUUAUGCAAAACUCGCGUUGUAGUCCGGUAAAAUGGUCAUCUUUUGCUAACUAGUAGAGGCUUCCUUAACUGAUGCUGUCUGAAUGCGAAUUCUUUAUGACAUAUGUACUGGUUGACAGUGAAAGUUAUAGUUGCCUGCUAUAGAAGAUUUCUCAUUAGAUUUGCUGCCAUAAAUAACAAGCCUUAAAAUUUUCGAAUUCACUUGA